GGGCGAUAUGGUGGCAACGUUGCUUUUGAGAUUUUCAGCUAUAUAGACGCCAUAGUGUGUGGAGCGUUCUUCGUAUGAUGUUGAUACGUUUUCAGGUUGAAAUUGUGCUAAAAGAUAGGAACUGAUUAUCGAAGAAGUCUACAAGUAUGAGUUCAGGUUUUAAACCAAUACUCUCUCAAGUAUCUCAACAGGGUCCUCCAACUUACGGGCAACCAUCAACCCAUGUUGCCCAAAACUUGGCGUCAAUGCAGCAUGGUUUACCGACACCCGCACAUAAUUCCUCAAGUCAAAAUCAUUAUUUAAACGUUCCCAAAACGGAAUAUAACGCCGCUAUGUCAAUACCGGCCAGUAAUCACCCAAUUCCAAAUGUCACCCAAUCUUCACCAGCUUAUAUAAGUCCUGUGAAACAAGACCAAUUUCCCACAAAUUAUCAGCAGGGACAUCCAGUAGUGCACCCGCCUCAGCCAACCUUGCCAACACCACAUGCAAUAGUCCCAAAACAAGAAUCACCAGAAAAACCUCAUUCGAAUGGUACCUCAGAGAUGCAAGGAAGUCAAUCGGGCGAACAGAAUUAUUCGCCUCAAAAACCAAAAGAGAUUAUGGAAAAAUCAUCUAAAGAUAUCAAACCAGCGACUCCUGUAUCAAAUUUAACAGAUGAAUCUUCAAAUGAAAUAAAACAAGACGAAAACGUCCCGGAUGUUAUUGACAGUUCAUCUUCAGCUUCAAUAGAAGGAAUUGAGAUAACUACAAGUAAUUCUAGCAUGGCAGAAAUAAAACCAGAAGAGGCUGAGGUGCCUAGUGAAAGCGCGAAUGUUACUGAGGUUAUAGCUAAGGCCACAAUUGAACCUGCUACUACAAUUGAUUCUGCUCAAGGAGGUACAGUUACUACUGAUAACAGUGUGGGUACAGCAAUUAAAGAACAGGUGGCACCAAAAUUAAAUGUAAAACCACCAACAAGGGCUGCGCAAUCAAAGAAAACGAAAGCUGUUGCGGCGGAAGCUACGGCUGAGGUUUCAACGACAAAGUCGAUCUCAAAACCGGAUAAACCGUUGGUGACGAAAAUGCCAAGGGCGAAACGUGUAAGGAAAAAAGUGCAACCUUAUCAGUAUCCCAUCCCGGAAUUGGAGAAUUUUUCUAAAAUGGCCAAUCCAACUAAAUCUAGAAAGAGAGACAACGAUGAGAAUUUGAUUAUCUUUUAUAAAAAUGAAUUUUUGGCUGUGCGAAACGUUGAAGGUGGAUUUUUUGUGUGCCAAGUUAUGCAAAACGUCUACAAAAGGUCCACAAAAAUUAGUAUAAGAUGGCUUUCACAAGAUUCAGAUGAUAAAUCUGGUGAAAUUUAUAUACCUGACUUUUACGAUACGAUAGAUGUAGAUUGCAUCUUAACAAAUUUAGAACUAUCACGAGUCAACAAAGUAAAAUUUAGAUUACCACCAACAGAAAAAAAUCGAACAGAUAGCAUCUUAAAAAGAGCUUUAGCGGUGGAAAAAGGUGAAGCAGUACCUCCAUCGCCAACUGAAGAACAUCCUGAUGGACUAGAUUUGUCUCUGUAUAAAGAAGAAAGCCAAUUACAGAAACCAGAAGGGAAACCCGCAGUGCGAAAACAUCCGGCAAGAAGUCCUUCUAGAACUCGUCAAAAAUUGCCGGGGAAGGCGAAAAAACGAAAUGAAAAUCGCGAGGAAAAUGUGGUUGCUGCGCAACCAAAACCUAAAGAACCUGUUGAAAAGGAAAGUGUGAAACGGAAACCAACCCCAGCGACGGUGACUGUUGAAAGAAAGGAGGGGACCACUUCCGGUUUGUCACGGUCGGAACGUGCAAAACGGAGGCAUGAUAAGAUAGACAGAGGGGACAUUGAAGAACAACCAGUUGUUGAUUCAAAGAAAGCGAGGGCUUUAGCAAAAGUUGCAAAACGGCUUGCUAUAAAAGAACCCACAUCUAAAAAACCAGAAAAAAAAGACGAAGAAGUAAAAGCACCGGUUCAAUCAAAAGCUGCUUCAAAAACAGGUACAAUACCAAAGAAAACAAAACAAAAGCAGGAGGAACCGGUGCCGCUAGAACCGCGUAAGACUAAAAGAACAAGGAAAUAAACGCACUAGUAGCAAAAUCUGUGUUUGUUUGAGUCUAUUUUUUUUUUUUUAAUAUUUUAUAUUUUUUAAAGAAGAAGACGCACACAGUACACACAAAAAUAAAUAAA